AUGAUACCAUUAACCGAUAAUAUGUGCAGUAUUCUUUCGCCAGGUUUUUGUAAGAAUGGAGGAACAUGUUAUGUCAACAAUACAGUACAAUAUGCUUGUCGUUGUCCUUAUUCGGAUAUGGGCAAAUAUUGUGAAAAAGAAUCGAAAUGUGUGGGCUACUGUCUAAACAAUGGCAUAUGUUCUACAGACAACGGAAACCGAACAUGUGAUUGUCUUCCAGGAUGGGGUGGUCCUAAAUGUGGCCGACCAAUCUCUAACGCGGAAUCGUCUAACAGAACAGAAGAAUUAUGUAAGCUUCUACCAUCAGACUACUGUAAUGCUGGACGUUGUGUUAUGGACACUCACAUACGUUGCCAAUGUCCAGGGGCAUUUACUGGUGUCCGAUGCGAAACGCGUAUAUCAACAGGAACCGUUACAACAAUAGCAUCCGCAACAACAACAACCAAACAAGUGGGAAACUGCUCUCAAUUUCCAUGCAAAAACGGUGGUCGAUGUUUCAACACUGGUAAUACUUAUUAUUGCCAAUGCUAUGCACCCUACGCCGGCACCAAUUGUGAAAAUCAUACAGGAUAA